AGGAGAGUAGAAGUAGCAGCAGCAGCAGUGCUCGGAGCUUCGGGUCGUUUCUGUCUUCACAUCAAGUCUCAUUGCGAUGGUUGCACCGUCCGCCUGUUGUUUCUCAGUGGACACGCCGGAGCUGCAAUGAAGGCAGGGGCCUCGUCCAUGUGGGCUUCAUGCUGUGGUCUGCUGAAUGAAGUCAUGGGUACCGGGGCAGUCAGAGGCCAGCAGCCAGGGUUUGGGGCCGGUGCUGGACCCUUCAGAUUUGCCCCCAGUGCAGGAUACUCCACAUACCCGCCCACCAGCUCAGGGAGUCCCAGUCUUGUAUGCAAGGCCUGUGGUCAGGCCUUCUCAGUGUUUAAGAGGAAGUAUAUUUGCUGUGACUGCAAGAAGAGCUUCUGCUCUCUGUGCUCCGUGCUUCAGGAGAAUCUGCGCAUUUGUGCCACAUGUCAUUUGCUGAAGGCAACUGCCUUCCAGCGGCCGCGGCUCAUGCGCCUACGAGUCAGGGACCUGCGUCAGUACUUGCUGCUCCGUAACAUCCCCACCGAUACCUGCAGGGAAAAAGAAGACCUGGUGGACUUGGUGCUCUGUCACCAAGGCAUUGAGGAAGAGGAGGACCCCGAUACGGGCAGCUUCCACUCGCGCUCCCUGUAUACGCCGACCCCUUCUACCACGCAGUCUGCCUCAGAGCUGUCUGCUUUUGUCGCCUCUCAGGAGGAGCCGCUCAGCAGGAGUGAUAGCUCUGAUACCAACCAGGAUAUAGGUGAUGCCACAUCGGUGUCUCUCCUCAACUUGGACCCCAGUGAACACACUCCUGAGGUCAGUCCUCAGACGCGACGUCGGGCCAGAGCAUCUCUCUCAGACAUCUCCAGCUUGAGGGACAUCGAGGGCCUGUCUGUCAGGCAGCUGAAGGAGAUCCUGGCCAGGAACUUUGUCAACUAUUCAGGGUGCUGUGAGAAGUGGGAGCUGGUGGAGCGUGUAAGCAGACUGUACAGAGAGACGGAGGAGAACAGGAAAUCAUUGGAAAAUGUGAGCAGUACUGUAACCACAGUGGUGGCCUUCCCUCCUACCCCUCCUAUCUGCAACGGUGCCAUCGGAGACGGCGAGAAGGGUCCGCUGACGAUCCACGACGACAAUCUCUGCAGGAUCUGCAUGGACGCUAUGAUCGACUGCGUUCUCCUGGAGUGCGGUCACAUGGUCACCUGCACCAAGUGCGGCAAGAGGAUGAACGAGUGCCCGAUCUGCAGGCAGUACGUCGUGAGGGCCGUGCACGUCUUCAAGUCCUAAUGCGCCACUGCAACACCGCAGCACCGGCUUCAGAGCAGCAGCUCAGACUGAGACUGUACCUUAAAUCAACCAUGCAGCUCAUAACCUUUGAGUCCCCAAAAGACUUAUUUUGUGUAUGUUCCAUGUUUGUAUUCCCUAAAUUCUCACAUUAUUUGCACAUUGAAAUAUUAUGAGAACUGUGUUUUUCUAAAGAAUUUGACUCUUCAGUUUCACCAGUGGGCAGAACGUAGGAUCCUAUGAGUCAUUUCUCAAGUAAACAUAUCUCUAAUCUGUGUUCAUUCCUAAGUGUCUGUUUUGCUUUUCUUACAAUUUCUCAAAGCAAAGAAUGUGUGGCACUCUGCCACUUACAGUCUUGUCAAACACAACUCAUCACCCUCAGAUCUGCCUAUAAACUGUAGCUGGCACUCAGCGCCUCACUUUACAACUGCUGCAAGUGACGACAUAUCUUAGUAACACAGAGGACAGACACAUACUGAACCUCACCACUGGAGACAGGGAGGGGUGAGCCAACUAGGUGCCAAAUAAUGCUUCUCACCCAUUUUUCUUUCUCCUUGGCUGCGAUGGGGCCCAGUGUGUGGCUGUCGGUUCUUCAGCACGUUUCUACCAGAAAGCACUUUGUUCACACUGUGUGUUAAUGCACCACUGCUCACAACCCACUGCAAGCUAUGACCAGUAAUGAUAGCUGCGGGGAGGGUAGCACGUGUACUAAAACUAAAGCUUUGACUGAUCCGAAGGAGUUUUAAAGGCUUCUAAGUUUUGUAAAGGUCAAUGGGGGAAAAAAAGCUAAUUACAAAUCAGUGACCUUGUGUUUUCUAUUUAAGUUAAGUCAAAUGUUGAGCAGGUGCUCUGCCGUUGUGAUUCAAGGAUAUUGGUGAUUGGUAUUGGUGAUUUAUGAUGAUGCAUUAUCAAUUUUAUUAUAUUCCCUUAUUUUGUUAUAAAAGGCUUAUCGUAAUGCAUUACACACUCAUACAAAGUCUGUCAUUACAGCAAUAGCUGACCUCCGCUGUCACCUCGGUCCUGUCUCAGCACUUUAGUGGAGACGAAGGACAAAAACCGGUGCUAACUCAUCCAACCAUCUUCCCUGAUUUCCAGUUGAACUGUGGAUGUGAAACUGAAUGUUUUCUUUCUGUUGCUGUACAUUGUUGGGAGUGGAAUGAAGUGUCUUAAAGCGUUUUAGUUGAUUUUCUCUCAUGUAGGAGUAAUGUAUUGAACUAACUAUUCAAAGAUAUAGCUACGAGUUUACUGACACCUGUGGUAUAGAAAGUAUAUAGAAUUAAAUGACUUGCUAAUGUAUAUUUGCAUAUAUUGAUCCAUAUGAGAUGUAUAUAUCUAUAUUUUUUUCCAUUUGAUUUAAAUUGUGUAAUAUCAGAUUAAUGAAAUGUCCCUGGGAUUGGGUUAGUUUAUAAUUACAGAGUUCUGUUUUACUGUCAAGUGGUUUAAAAUGUGUUAAAUCAGCAUAGGUUUGCUUGAACUAUCUGUCCCUCUUGAACCAGAGCAUGACAAGAACCUGUACGGUUAUGUUAUUCCCCCAUAUUCUCCACUUAUAAAACCCCAUUUCAUGUGUUUUUUCCCCCCCUAAUGCUGCUCAUUUUAGAAGUAUCCAGCUCUGUACUGUACCCACACAAAGUCAACAUUGCUGCUAUUACAGUAAAGAUGUCCCCUACAAUCAUGAACAGUAGCGGAGCAGGUUGCACUUUUCCUUUAGAGAGGGUGUAAUUGUGUGCAAGGUUUGGUCUUUGUAUUUGGGAUCUUUUUAUUUUGGUAAUUAAAGAUUUUAAUUAAAGUC